GAUUUCGGGAGGCAUCCCGAGCUCCGGACCUCGUUCCAUGGAUAGUGAGAAAUUGAAGAGGCCACUGAUGACAAAAGCGUGGAUUGCAAGUUGAGGAAACACGAGCGGCUCUUUACAGAGUGAAGAAUUGGAUCGAGAUGGUGUUUUUCGCUGCAACCCGGAGGAUGGAAGUCGUGAUUAAAAGAACAGGUGGGCUGGUGUGGAAAAAUUGGCCCAUGAAUCACACACGGAGGGCCAACGCGAAGAAACGCCACGUUCGACUUUCACAGGUUGAGGCUGUUUUAAAAGCUUGCGCAGUGGAACCUACUCCUGAGAAAAUGGUGCAACCGCAACAAGAACAACUAUCAAAGUAGUUUGCGUCGAAAAAGUGGACCACUUCUUGGUAUUCCGUCGUCAAGGCCAGAGGAAUCUUCGCAUCUUGUUAUUGUUAUCUUCUCCCGACGGUCUGUCUGGAUCAUCGAUGAUCCUUUACUACUCGCACUGCUUGCCUUGACUCCAACUUUAGAUUGCAACUUCCACUCGAGGUGAAUUACCUCUUUAUAGUGGCAUCGCAGAACUGAUUUGAGCUGUAUUUACGAGAAGCAUCGGUGAGUGAUGCAAAGAUUCAGGCCAAACUUUGGUCUUGCUGUAUCUCCCUCAAGUGUAGGUAGCAGCAGUUCUCGGUGUGUGCUCCUGUUAUCUAGUUGGGGAAUUCGGCAUCACACUUGGAAGGACUUUUAAAGAGAGUGACGUGAUGGCAGAAGUUUCUAAAAUUGUCCAUGGUGUAAAGUCUUUUCACCUUUUGGUGACACAAAGCUAUUAACGCUUGAAGUUCUUGCCAGAGAUUUGAGUCAUCACAGAAGAGUGAGCUACGU